GGAAGUAGCCUUCAAAUUAAAAUAGCUUUUUAUACGCGCUGCAAGGCGCGCUUAUCAAAGAGUUAUACAACUUUGUGGUGGUUGAUGCAACAGUCUGUGUUUUCUAUACAUUUUAUCGUCGGUGGAACUGCAGCAAGUUCCGACUAAAAGGGAAAUAUGUCCACUGAAAAAUGUUACUCUCAAGGAAGUGCUGCACCCGGCCCAGUCCCCAAAGACCGCCUACGACUCUACAGUAUGAGAUUCUGCCCUUUUGCCCAGAGGACCAGAUUAGUGCUAAAUGCCAAAGGAAUUAAGUAUGACACCAUCAACAUCCACCUGAAAAACAAACCCGACUGGUUCCUUGAGAAGAACCCGCUUGGUCUUGUUCCAACGCUGGAGACACCUGCUGGCGAAGUGAUCUACGAGUCUCCCAUCACCUGUGAGUACCUGGACGAGGUGUAUCCUGACAAGAAGCUGCUUCCAGCCUCUCCUUAUGCUAAAGCGCAGCAAAAGAUGAUGCUGGAGUAUUUUUCCAAGGUAACACCCUACUUCUACAAGAUACAAGUAGGGAGAAGGAAUGGUGAGGACGUGUCCAAACUGGAAGCUGAGCUGAAAGAGAAGUUUGCCAAAUUAAACGAGGAUUUAGUAAAGAAGAAGAGCAAGUACUUUGGUGGCGACACUAUCACAAUGAUCGACUACAUGAUGUGGCCUUUUUUUGAGAG